AUGGCCGAUCCCGAUGCUGACUCGCCCGGCCGCUUCCAAGGAGGUCUGGACAGCUUCGACAUCAGCACCCCGUUGCAGCUGGACGAGCCCACGCUCGCACGCCACGGCUCCCUGAACGCUAAUGUUAACGACACGGUCACCAGCUCCGAUCCCACCUCUAUUCCCUCCUCCCUGGCCGACACUUCGAGAGCCUCAACCGGUGGUGGGCCGACUCGGCAGUAUCCGAACCACUCCCCCCCGAUAGGCCAUCACCAGCAGCCCAAUGCCUACCAUGGUAACGGCAUCAGCCCUCAGCAGCAGUACCAACAGCAGCAGCAGCAACAACAACAACAGCAGCAGCAGGCCUUUGAUUUUAACCAAGACAACAUCUCCAACUGGGACCUUCGGGACUCUCCUCCGUUUAAUUCCGGCCCUGACUUCAACAACUUCGGCCAGGUACCGCACGGGCUGAACAUUCCCCAGAGCUGGGACCUUCCUGUCCACUUUAGUCUCAACUCUCAGGGACUCCAACAACAGGGGCAACCGGGACAGCAACAGCAAGGCCAGUUCUAUCCCGACACGACCGGUGCUGGCAUCGAUCCCGGUAUCUAUGCCGCUGCCCUUUCCAUUCCUUCGCCACAGCAACAAUCGGCCGAGCCCAUCUCCGUUCGCACCAACAUCAACCCCAACAUCCGCCACAAGCUGACUCCAGCCCAGCAAGAGAGGCUCAAGACCAUCGCCAUGCCGCCUCAUCUCCAGUACCACUCGCCCAAGAGCGCCGGCAGUCCCGAUUCCAACGCCAGCAUGGGCCACGAUAAGGGUUCCGCAUCCUCACCAGACGGCCUCGAGCUGUCGAAGCCAAAUAGUAGAAAACGAAAGUCAUCCGACGAGGUCGACGAGGAUGACGAUGACGAUGAUUUGGAUGGACACCAACCAGUAAAGAAGACGGCGCAUAACAUGAUUGAGAAGAGGUAUAGGACAAAUUUGAACGACAAGAUUGCAGCGCUGAGGGACAGCGUGCCUGCCUUGAGAAUUAUGUCAAAGAGUGCUAGGGGAGAAGAUACGACGGAAGACAGGGAGGAACUUCAUGGAUUGACUCCGGCGCACAAGUUAAAUAAAGCUACGGUUUUGAGCAAAGCUACGGAAUACAUUCGGCAUUUGGAGAAGCGAAAUAACCGCUUGAUUGAGGAGAACAACAGCAUGCAUGCGCGAAUCGCUGCAUUCGAGAAGCUGUUCAUGGCCGGUGCCAUGACCGGCAUGACCAACCCUAUGCAAGCCCCGCCUACGCCCAUUCAAUACCCUCAAGACGUUGCAGCGUUCAUGAGCACCCCGAUGCAGACGCCUCGGGGUCCAGAUCCUCCGGGGCUAAUCCCGAUACCGGACGACAUGAAGCGCAUCUUGACGGCUCAACAGAUGAACGCUGGACGACCGUAUCCGGUGGGCCCACCGGCCCUACAGCCGGGAUUCGUAGCCAAUCCGGGCGUCAUUCGCAGACAACAAAUACAACAACAGCAACAGCAACACCAGAUGCAAGGGCGGUGGAAUCCUUAUCUCGGAAAGAUGAUGGUGGGUUCGCUGGCCGGACUGAUGCUCGUCGAGGCAACCAUGGAGCAAGAAGUCAGCAAUGAAACGACCGAGGGACGUGGUCUCUACGCUCUGCCGCUACAGCUUAUCGGAUCCUUUAUUCGCUCGUCGCACCUCAGCGUUGGAGGAUAUUACAUUUCGGCCAUUGAAAUCAUAGCCAAGCUCAAACUUCUUUUGCUUGGCGCUCUUCUCGUAUGGACAGUUUUCCCCCACAGCUUUUUCGACGCGCCCAAGUCGGAGAAGCCAAAAGGCCCCACUUCUGCGGUUCAGGCCGUGCCCUCGCUUGCCUCGCCAAUUCACGUCAGGAGACAAGCCUGGCUCACGGCUAUUCAAACGGUUUGGGUGCCACGACACAAUUUUUUGCUCGAAGCUGCUGCGUUGUUGCUCAAGACGCUCAAGUUCACCCUUCGCAAUGUGUUUGGUGUAGGGACUUAUCUGUGGAUGACGGGACUCAGCGAGGAACAAGAGGCCGCUCGUGUCAAGGCCUGGACCAUUGCGUUGGAUGCCCAGCUUGCCGGCGGUGAUGUCGAGAUCAAUAGGAGCCGUCUCACUCUCACGCUGCUCGCUUCGGGCACCCUCCCCGACACUCCCCAUCGUUUGAUGCUCAAGGCACUUCACACUCGGGUCUUGCUUUGGCAGUUGAGCAGCAAAUUUUCGCUUGCUAACCUUCCUGCGGCCAAGAUUGCGAGGUCGAGGUGGAAUGAGGCCAGACAGCUGAACAUGAUCCUGCAGCGAACUUCCACUAGCCCUGAAGAUGUCCUCCCGGAGCAUCUGGCCACCCUUCUCGAGCAGGACUGUGAUGACGUUCUCAACAAUAGCAUCGUGCAGAGAGCGCACAACCUCGCCUUCAACCGCCCCACGACCUUCAACCUGGUAGACCGAACCGACGGCAUGAACAUCGUUGUCGAAGACCCCGCCGUUCGUUCGCCCAUGGAUGCCGUCGCCGCGUGGUACUCAAGCUCCAUCCUCCAGCGCGUCCUCCUCUCCAGCCUCGCCAGAGCCCAAGACGGCAUCACCGACGCCACUCAGGAAACCAUUGACGAAAUUGCCCUCGCUGCCAAGAUUGCCCCCAUCGGUUCCAACGCCUACCUGCGUGCCCUUGUGGCCCGCGCCGUCCUCGUCUCCGAGAAGCGCGGCGUUAGCAUUGCCGCCGCUCUCAAGGCCUCCGACCCCUCCCUCAACCCGGACAAGCACCCCGAGUAUGGCCGUGGCGUCCCCCCGCUUAUCGACUCCCCCAUGGCUCAGAUCGUUCCUGAUCACGACGCCCUCAUGGCCCUCCAAUACGCCAUGCGCAUCGCCCAUCUCCAAAAGUUCCCCGACCCGCCGAAGCAAGCGAUCGCGUUCCUCAACUCGAUCCUUCCCGGUGGGACGGACCAGUCCAAGCACGAGGGCAUGUCGCUUCUGGCGUGUACGGCGGCUUACUGCCUGAUGGAGUUGCUGGAGAGGCACGCGGUCUGUAGGGAGCAGUGCUCCGGUGCGCUGGAACGCUUAGCAGGCGCGCUGAGGAUUUGGGUCGGAAGUUCGCAGGGGGAGCAGGUCGGUCUAGAUGGAAAGAUGAGACAGAAGAUGACUGGCAGGUGUUCGUCGAUUAUCAAGUCGGUGAUAGGUAUGGAGAAUGAUCCGGGGUAUGGGAGCAUGAGUGAUUGUGAGGAAAAGGAGGAAGGAGGGUGUUAG